GAAGAACUAGAAAAUGCAGUAGACUUGAACCCACCCUAAUAGAAAUUAAUUACGAUGAAUUUCUACAAAUAGGAACAGAAGUACUUCUAACUGCAGAAGAAGCCACCCCUGCAAAAGUUACUACAGAGUUCGAAAACCAUUCUAAAACAUGGAAAGACCAAGUAAACCGAAUCUUGACGUUCUUAUCAAGCCCAGGCCAGACACGAGUUAGCCUCAAUAAAAAGAUUAAAGCCUACUACUACUUAGGAUUAUUAAUUUUUAAGUCCAACGAUCCUUUAAAAAUUAAGACCUUUAUCCAGAAAGCUCAAUCUACAAGGAAAGCCAAGGAUACUUGGAAAGGUGCUCUUAGAAUUUAUGAACUCUUUGAGUUACGGCCCAAAGAAAUUAUUUUGCAACUUCGAUAUACUACCGCUACUCAUAUUAUCAAGUUGCCAGACCAAGAUUAUACUCAAUUG